GAGAGACAGAAGGAAAAUUUAGUUCUCUUUUUGCCUUUGCAUUGAUUGUCGAUAAUUACCCCUCCUGUUAAAAAACGUUACCCGAGAAAGAACCAGCCACUCCUCCUCAAAAAUCGGCGUUGAGAUGUUGCGUCACCGCCCCUUCAAUAUCACAGUCACCUCCCUCCUUCAUUCCAGGAGGACCACUGGUUGUUCGUUUUCCACCGUGACACCACCAAUCAAACCCUGGCCUCAACGCCUCCACCCCAAACGCUUAGUCUCCAUGAUCUCCCGACAACAGAAUCUCGAUCUUGCGCUACAAAUAUUCGUCUACGCCGGCAAAUUCCACCCCAAUUUUUUCCAUACCUACGAUACCUACCACUCAAUCAUAUACAAACUCUGUCGUGCUCGUGCCUUUGACGCCGUCGAGUCUCUCCUAUCAGAGCUACAACAAAAUCCACAAAUCAAAUGCGGUGAAAAUUUAUUCAUCGAUGUUAUACGUAGUUACGGACUAGCUUCCCGUCCGGAAUUAGCCGUAAAAACAUUCUUACGCAUCGAAAAGUUUGAGGUCCAGCGUUCGGUGAGGUCGUUAAAUACAUUGUUAAACGCUUUAGUGCAAAACAAGCGAUACGAUUUGGUUCAUUUAAUGUUCAAGAAUUCUAAGAACAAGUUUAACGUUGUUCCCAAUGUGUUUACUUGUAACAUUCUGAUUAAAGCGCUUUGUAAGAAAAAUAACGUUGAGGGCGCGAUUAAGGUUUUAGAUGAAAUGCCCUCGAUGGGUAUGGUACCUAAUGUGGUGACGUAUACCACAAUUUUAGGUGGUUUUGUUUGGAGAGGUGAUCUUGAUGGUGCUAGGAGAGUUUUUGGUGAGAUUUUGGAUCGUGGGUGGGUACCUGAUGCGACUACGUAUACCGUUUUAAUGGAUGGAUAUAUUAAGCAUGGGCGAUUAAUUGAUGCUGUUAAGGUAAUGGAUGAUAUGGAAGAUAAUGGUAUUGAGCCUAAUGAUGUUACUUAUGGAGUUAUGAUUGAAGGUCUCUGUAAGGGAAAAAAAUCCGGUGAAGCACUUAACUUGCUUGAUGAUAUGCUUGAGAGAAAGUAUGUACCGAGUUCGUCCCUCUGUUGUAAGGUAAUUGAUUUGUUGUGUGAGGAGGGGAAGGUUGAAGAUGCUUGCGAUUUGUGGAGAAGGCUUUUAAAGAAGAAUUGUAUGCCGGAUAAUGCCAUUUCAAGUAGUCUUAUUCACUGGCUUUGUAAAGAUGGGAAAAUUUCUGAGGCCAAGAAGUUAUUUGAUGAGUUUGAAAGAGGUUCGAUUCCGAGUUUGUUAACGUAUAAUACGCUGAUUGCAGGAUUGUGUGAGAGUGGUGAAUUGACUGAGGCGGGAAGGCUGUGGGAUGACAUGGUGGAGAAAGGGCACGAGCCAAAUGCAUUUACUUACAACAUGCUGAUAAAAGGGUUUUGCAAGAUCGGUAAUGCAAAGGAGGGGAUUAGGAUUUUAGAAGAAAUGUUGGAUAAAAAAUGCUUACCUAAUAAGUCGACUUUUUCUUUAUUGAUUGAGGGUCUUUUUGAGUCAGAGAAGGAAGGAGAGGUUAGUAAGGUUCUCUCAAUGGCAAUGGCUAGUGGAGGUCUUGACUGUGAUUCCUGGGACUUUUUCUUGACUAGGAUAAUUGGUACUCUGGAUAACGGGUCUUAUACUUUGGAUAGAUUAUUGGUGGAGAAUGCUUCUUAAACAUAUGGAGAAAGCCGGAACCUGCCUUCACCCUGCCCCCAAUUUCUGCAUUUGGGGAACUGACUUUCAAAGAAAGACUUCUAAGAAGAUUUAGAUUUGAUUAUUUACUGAGCCUUUAGAUCCAAAUUCUGUGAAGUAAUUAAGUGCAGACUUGUAUAGUGUGGACAUAUGAAUGACUUGAUCAAUAAACCAAGAAGAGAAGAGAUAAUGGUGGUAGACUGGUAGUUCACCAUAGCUUGGCAGAGACGUAUUUAGAAGCUACCAAAUCAUUUUCAAAGCCGGGAGAUUCUGUUGGAGGUAUAUUAUUGCAGACACAUAGCACACGUUUACGCUGACCAUGGAGAGUGGAUUGACUGCAGCAUAUUGUUCAUUAGAUUUUCUUAUGCCUUUGCUCACCAACAGGAAAACGCGUCUUUUUUCUUCCUCAAUUAAAUUUUUUCUAUUUUUGUUUAGUGGGAACAGGUACGAUUGUUCUUAAUGCAUUUGUUUAAAUCGUUGUUAUGAUAAUAACCAAAAAAGAGCAGAGGACACAACUUUUUUACGAUUUUGGUGUUGGUUUCAGGGAACCGGACGGAAAGUAAACACUGUACUUGAUGCGUUUGUCCAUAUCAGACUGUUUCUUUUUGCAAUUUUAAACGUACCGCAUUACCAGGAAA